GAGGUGCAGCGACCCUCUCACCCCCACCAUCACGAUGAGGCGUCCUCACGCCUCCUGGGACCCGUCGGCAACAUCCUCAGCAACUUGCCCAUCGGUAUUACCCUCCAGCUGUCUAACCUGCCUUAUUACAGUAACCCGGACCUAGACCCUUACUCCUACCCAGCACUCCACCCUUCUCUACAUCGUGGAGGGCCCCUCCACGACCCUCCUCCUCCUCCUGUUGGUUCCUCAUCUUCACUGGGAUCUUCUCUCACCGGUUCCCUCAAUGCCCCUACAAACUUUGUGUCUCCCAUAUUAGGUUCUUCUAGUGUCAUUCCAGGCCUUCUAUCGUCUCUUCCAGGUUCUUCCACUGCCUUUCAAGGUUCUUUAUCUCCUUUUAUGGCUGCUCUUGGACUACCCUCGCCUCUCUCAUCUUCAGUAGGACUACUCUCUCAACUCCGUCCUCCUCUGCCUCUCGGCCUGACCUCUUUGUCUCCUGGCAUGGUCUCCUUCUCUGCCUUACCUCCCUCUCGACACCCUCGACCUCUGACUUUAGUCGACGAGAAGGUAGGGUUACCUGCGGCACUGCAUGGUCCUGCUGGAUUGCUGCCUCUACCUGUGCAUGGUGGGCCUCGCCAGUACCAUCUCCUUCCCGGGCGCCCUUCCCUCGGCCUCCUUGGGCACCGUGAGAGCUUCUGCUACUUCGCCAGCUGCCCGACGCUCGCGUCCUACUGCCAGGGGCAGGUGGCCGGCGCUGGUGCGGGCGGACCCAUGAACUGCGGGGUGUUUGAGGUGUGCUGUAGCUCUGAUCGCUACCAGGGCGCCUUCUCCACCAACUUCAAUUCCUUCAGAAACACCGCAGGCACCUGUGGCAUCAAGAACACUGACGGGGUCGUCGGACGCAUCAACCAGCCCCGUCAGGAGCAAGGAGAUGCUGAAUUCGGAGAGUACCCGUGGCAGGCGGCGGUGCUGAAGAAAGAGGGCUUCGACAACGUCUACGUGUGUGCUGGCACCCUCAUCGACGAGCGCCACGUCCUGACGGCUGCCCACUGCGUCCAGGGGUAUAAGACCUCAGAGCUGCGCAUCCGUCUGGGAGAAUGGGACGUAAAUCGAGAUACUGAAUACUACCCGUACUACGAGAGUGAUGUCACCGCUGUCUUCGUCAACCCGGGGUUUUUCUCUGGCAACCUCAUCAACGACAUCGCCCUCGCCAGGAUCGAACUUCCGGUUGAUUUCCGUAGAAAUCCGCACAUAGGACCAGUGUGUCUGCCUAGCAAGGUUGACUUCUCUGGCCAGAGGUGCUGGGUGUCGGGUUGGGGCAAGGAUAGCUUCGACGAGGCCGGCCACUACCAGAACGUCCUGAAGGAGGUUGACGUGACGGUGGUGCCAGCGGUGGUGUGCCAGGGGGCGCUGCAGCAGACAAGGCUGGGACCCACUUACCGCCUCCACCCUGGCAUGAUGUGUGCCGGGGGAGAGCAGGGCAAGGACGCCUGUAAGGGUGACGGAGGUGGACCUCUGGCGUGUGAGGGCCCGGACGGCAGGUACCAGCUGGCUGGGAUCGUGUCCUGGGGAAUAGGCUGCGGUUCCUCCGGUGUCCCCGGCGUUUAUGUGAACGUUGCUUAUUACUUAGACUGGAUCAUCCGGACCAUUAGAGUGUAAACUCUACCAUCGGACAAAUUCAGAGCUCCUGGCUUUAUAUUCAGGGCUCUUGGUUAUAGGAUCCGAGUCUCUCUCGUUUUAAAUUAAUUCUGAGCACAAGGUUCAGCGACGGCCUCGCUUCUUGCAGGUCGGCGUUCGAUCCCCCAGUGCUCCAAAUGGGUGGACACCGUUCCUUUUCCUCCCUCCUAUCCCAACUGUCUAUCCUCAUUUCCCACCUAAGAUUAUUAAGAAGAAAUAAAUCCCUUGCAAAUGUUAUGGAGCUUUCUCCUGAUAAUUGUCUUGCCGUACCUUACCUUAGUUUUAAGAUUGACACAAAAAAUAAAAUAUUUUUGUUAAUCUCAUUUGAACUACUUCAAGUUCCAUGUAAUGUAAUCUACCAUUUGGUUCCCACGUAAAGAUUAGGUUCCUAGGUUACACAUUUCAAGUCUUGUUUUUAGGCUUUUAAAUCCUGGGUACCGGAUUUUUAAGAUCUUUGAUCUGUAUUCUUUCUUCCAUAAUACAGAGGUUCUGGGAUAUGUAAACUGGGAUCUACCUUGCUGGUUUUGAGUUCAUAGACUGAUAUUGGAAGGUCUCGAGGUUCUAACUUCUUGACACUCUUGUUAGAUUUCUAAGUUCUCAGAUACGCCUUUUUGUUUUCAGGUUUCAGGCACUCUAACCUUGGCUGAAGGUUCAUUGUUCUAGAGUUGAGGCUGUAGGUUCAUGUUUUCAGGCUUGUGUUCAGGGAAUGCAUCCCACGCAGCCGUCUUGAGCUAGUGAACGUUGAAUCAUAUAUUAGUAAUAAUAAUUAUAAUUUUAUCUACAAGAAGGUACAAUGGGUUGGUGAAAUUACACAAGACUGGUAUUUUUACAUUCUUGCAAAGCCACUAACACACAUAGCGUAUCGGGCAUAUAUAGUCCUUAGAUCUCAACCAUUCUCCGUUGUUUUCCUUUGUUAUCGAAUUGUUAAGUAAUAAUUAUUGUUUUACUAAGAAAAUUUGAAUAGACAGAUGAAUUACGUGAGCAGGGUUGUCGUAGAGACGAACUUGUGUAUAAAAGAAAGUUCCUGACGGUGUCAAAUGCCAGUGUUCGAUCAUGUAAGUGUCAACAAGUGCCUUUAAGUUGUGGUAACAUCCCCCUAGGGGCUUGUCUCUCUAUACGUUCAUCACAAAAGUGUAAUGUUGCUACAGUAUUCGAUAGCUCCAUAUUUGAAUUCCGUUACAGUAUAGUACCAUAAGGUUAACUUCAAAAGGUCUCGCUGCGGGUCAGCUGGUCUGUGUCUGUACAUAAACAAACCUUUAAUUAAUAAAAUGUUAAAUUUA